AUGGUUAAACUUGGUAAUCUCCUCGUAGCAACGUUCGGGGUUCUCCUCGUCCUUAACGGCUGUCUCGCACGGCAGUCACUAGGUGUUCCUCCUCAGUUGCAGAAUGACUGUAACCUUGAUAACCUAGACGUUCUCCAAGCCACCGAAACAAUCAAGAGCGAGGCCGGUCAGGUUGAGUACUGGGACCAUAACCAUCCUCAGCUCCGAUGUGCUGGUGUCUCCGUUGCUCGUAUUGUAAUCGAACAAGGCGGUCUCUACUUGCCUACCUUCUACUCUUCCCCCAAAAUAUCCUACGCCGUUCAAGGUCCAAAUCUGUCUUUACAAGAAUAA